AUUUUUUUCUUUUUUGCAUGGCAGGUUACCGAAGGUGAAGCAGGUUCGCCUGUCGAUUUGGCCAAAUCUUACAUGCGAGCACACCCCCCAUGGGCAUCAGCAUCACCACCUAUGAGCAAUAUCCAGUUGCAGUCCCCAUCACCAAUGACGACACAGAUUUUUAAGGAAGAAGCCCCAUAUUUGUUUGGCCGCAAUUCUGCAUCCUCUUCCAAGCCUGUUAGAAAUUCAUCUGCCGCUGGUUCAUGGAAUAUCCUGGAGGAAAUAAGGAAAGUGAGAUCUAGGGCAACUGAAGAGAUGUUAAGGACCCGGCGGUCAUCAUUAAUUGAUUGGUCUACAUUGGCUUCAGAUAAUAAAACGAGCCCUAAUUCAUUGGUGGUGGAUAAAGCAGAAUCUGUUUCACAUGUAGCACAGGAUGGAGUGCAGAAUGAGGUUUCUAUACCAGAUCCGGCUACUUCAGUUCCUGAACAAAGUCAGGAAGUAGAAGCUAGACAAAUUGUUGAGGAAGCUGAAGAAGGGAGAUUGAGCCAAGGACAAAGACCUCAGCCUUCAGAAGAUAUGAAUGCUGCAUCACAGAGUGAUGGUGAUAUUGCUGCUGAUGGCCCCAAGGAUGGUGAUGGGAUUGGCCAAUCUUUGAACUAUGCAGUGGGUGGAGAUGCUCUAGUAUCACCUGAAGUAAAUUGUUCCACCGUGGAGGAAGUUACUGGGAGGACUGAUGCAGUCGCUGCUAAUGGUUUCCCGUCUCCAGGAUCUAGUUUGUUUCCAAGACAGAAAGCAGAGCAGAAGCUGAAGCCAUCUGAUGAGGAUCAAGUUCCUGUUGAUUCAGGACAUGACAUGAUGACAAGAACUGCUCCCGCUGAUGAGAAAUGUGAACAUUUGAGUGAAUCUCAUGUUCAGGUGCCCGCUGUAGAUGAGAAUGAUAGUGCAGCCACAGGCUCCCAAAACAGUUCUAGCAUGCGUUAUGGAGGGCCAUCACAGGAUCUGUCGCAGCCAAAUUUGAAACGAAAGGCAGGCAAGGGCAAUGAUGUCAAAGUCACCGAGAAGCAACAAGGAGGGAAAAGGAGAUACGUGAGGAAAGUGAAGGGACGGGGUAAAUAAUGUUCAACUAUGUCUGGAUACUUUACUGUAUAUGUGACUAUUUACUAGUCUAGAGAGACAGAUGUUACCACGACAGGUAUUGGGUAAAAUUGUAAUGAAAUGGAUAAUUGUUAGUUUAGUGUUAACUGAGCAUGGUUUUUGCCCUUAAAUUGGGCGGUUGUUCGGUCGUCGUGACAUGUAGGCAGGCAGGCAUUUUCAGUCCAGGAAUUGAUUUAUGGAGCUAUUUGUAUCAUUUCCUAUCAGAAGCUACGUAGACUGCUAUGCAAUGGUAUUUGAUUAUUUGUUUUGGAUUAAUUAGAAAAAAUUCGAAGUCGCCCA